AUGACCGACUCGGCAUCGGCCGACAAGACCGGCAUGUCGAACACUCUACUGCUCGGACUAAUGAUGGGUGGAGCUGUGGCUCUGGUGAUGCUCGUCGCCGUGUUCGUCUACAUCAAGACAAAUGCCAAGGAUGAAGACGAAGACGACAUGGACCCCGUGCUUCGAACGGCACGUCAUGACGCUACUAAAGGCACCGCACAGUCGUCGACGGUGAAUGCGAACUACCACGACAACCACAACAUUCAGAUUGCCCUCGCACACUCGCAAAUGUCGUUACCGCCCAUGGCCCAGUCCGGCCAUAGCAGCCAGUACUCCUCCCAGUACUCGGACUCGCAGUACUCUUCGUUCUACGCUCAAAGUGCCUACAGUACGGACCAGUCGGCCAGUCAGGUGGUAGGCAAAUACCCCGGUAUGCGUCAAGGCAAGGGGGAGAACGACGUCGCCGGCUCGGAAAGUGAGAGCGACUUCGAGGGCGACUCGAUCCAGGAUAUGUCACAAGCGACCAACGUGUGGAACACUGCCGGCCGGAACCGAAACCGUGCCGGCCCGGCAGCCGGCAUGGACCGGUCGAUGGCAGAGUCCCGGUUUGAGCCGAGUGACUCUCGCUCUACCUCUGCGAGCGACUACAAUGGUAAAAACCGCUUCCAGGAGUCCGAGUACACGGAGUACCGCAUGUCCACAGGCUACGAGAGUAGCUAUGCCGGUGGCAAAAGUGGCUACGACAAGAGCUUUGCCGCCACUAAGAGUGGGUACGAGAAGAGUUACGCUUUCCAGAGCAGCGGAUUCAGCGAGUACGAACGGGCUGUUGCUCCGCCUCGAAACCGGGGCGACAGUACCAACAGUGACGCGUCUUCGUUCUACCGAGGGAAAGAGUCCCGGUUCACGGACGCGUCGUACUGCUGA